UUUCGUUUCCUCGGAUCGAGAAUUAACCCAUCAGGUGCUGCUGAUCUGGAGUCAGUGUUCAGAGAGAAACUCCCUCUCUGACCCGCAUAUAAACCCAUGAAUAAUGGCGGAGAACACGAUCCUGCAGGUCCUGUGCGGGAAUCACGGAGCGAUGGACUACGAGCAACUCCUGGAUAUUUCAUUCGGGCUGACGGAAAUAUCGCCUCCGAAUUCCCUGGAUAAAAUCCUGCGGGAAAGCGGCGCGUUCACAGUCAUCCAGCGCGACGGCCGCCGAGAGGUGUUCGCCCAGGCUAACGUCAAACUGUGUCGGAGGAGCGAGUGCGACGAGCUGUUCUGUGGAGACCUGCACAUGUGCAAGUACGAGCUGAUGAUGGGCCGCUGCAACAGGCCUGGCUGCAGUUUUGGACACCAGCAGCUGCGGUCCGAGCACAACAUGAGGAUCCUGCGAGCGCAUCACAUGACCCGCCUGAGCCGGGAGCAUCUGUGUUGGCUGUUGCUGCAGUCCGACAAUGCGCUCCUGCCGCCCGUGUGUAUGAUGUUCAACCGGGGCCGAGGGCCUGACGGGAUCUGUCCCGACGGAGAGAAGUGCACUCGGCUGCACGUGUGUGAGGACUUCAUGCGGGGGCGCUGCGGGGGCACGGACUGCAGCCGGACCCACGACCUCCACGAGUCCCGCGUGCGCCGAGUCCUGCUCUCCAGAGGAGUGUGUCGUCAGCUGACGGACGAGCUUCCCUUCAUCUACCGCAACAUCUUCGCUCUGAAGAUCCGCGAACAGCGCGGGAGUGUGGAGGGCGUCCGGCCCGGGGUCCAGCCGGAGACCCACACAGGUGUGCUGGAGACCAGUGUGUGUGCGCGACUCGGCACAGAGAACGAGAUCUGCCUGUCCUUUCUCGUCAGAGACUUCUGCAGAGACGACCAAUGCAGAAAGACACACUUUAAGAUGCCCUAUAAGUGGGAGGUGAAGGUGGGCCGAACAUGGCACGAUUUACCCCACAGUGAGCAGAUCGAGCGUGAUUACUGUGACCCGUCCAACAUACACAGUUCUGGAAACGAGCCGGUGUUUUUUGAGGAGAUGACUCUGGGUUUGGACGAGGUCCGGCGCCUCUCGACGAAAUCCUCUGUGCUGCUUCCCGACUCCAUGCUCCUCACCACCGCCUGGACCUGGUACUGGAGAGACGAGUACAAUCGCUGGCUCCAGUACGCUUCUAUAGCAGAGAUGCACCGACUGUCUUCAGUCAGCAGUGAGCAGCUGGAGCAGAGAUAUCAGGAGUAUUUACAGCAGAACCAGGAGGAUUCUGGGAUCAAGUUCACAGCGGGAAACCGUUUCUAUGAGCUCAGCUUCACAGACAUGAAACAACGAAACGAAGCUAGCGGCACAGAGAGACCCGUCAGGCGACGGCCCGCGUUCGUUUCAUCGCUCGACGUCCAGAAGGCUAAAGCGAGAGGUUGCGGUGCCAAAAAGACUAAAUUUUCUAAAGGCGUUCCUGGAUUUUGGGAUCAUACUGCGAUUCCUAAAUCUGGAUUUAAGAGAGUGCGUCUCCCGCCGGCUCACAGAGAUUACGUGAGAGUCCAGGAGCGCUUCAAUGAAACUCUGAGGGGUUUUACUGUCCGACAGAUCGAGCGUGUGCAAAACAGGGAACUCUGGGAAAACUUUAUGACGAAAAAAGAACAAAUGAAAAUUGUAAACAAGUGUGAGAGAUGUCGUGAGCGGCUUUUAUUCCACGGCACCAUAUCCUCUCUUGUCGAUGGUGUGUGUCACAGAAACUGUGACUUUCAGGAGGUUGAUGCACCAUAUGGAAAGGGGAUGUAUUUCUCAAAGGACGCCAGGUACUGGGACGAGCGGACGGACGGGUUAGCAGUGAGGCGUGUGUUCGCGUGCAGGGUGUUGAUCGGCUACUACACCCGAGGAGCGGCUCGUUACCGCCAACCUCCGGCCAAAUGCGUCGAGGGAAGUCUGUACGACAGCUGUGUCGAUGAUCCACGUGACCCCUCCAUCUUUGUUGUGUUCGACAGGGCUCAGGUCUACCCAGAGUUCCUUAUUACGUACGCAGAGGAGAAUGGCACGUUUGAGAAGGUGCGGUUGGGUUUUGGCGCGUGUGACGUCGCUCUGGCGGCCGGAGUCGCUCAGGAAAACACGAAAGAAACGAGGCAAACCUCUAAAGCACCAGAACCAGGCCAAACCUCAGUCCUCAUCCACUCUGGGUCUGCCAGCUCAUUCAAGGGUCCAGAUUCUGGCCCAGAACACACUUCAGUCUCCGGAGGAACAGGCUCUCUCAUUACGGUCUUAAGUUCAACGUUACACGCAACUGUGGGUGUCACCACUGCACUUCCUGUCUCAGCUGCACUUCCUGUCUCAGCUGAACACGCCUCCACUGCACUUCCUGUCUCAGCUGAACACGCCUCCACUGCACUUCCUGUCUCAGCUGCACUUCCUGUUUUAGCUGAACGCACCUCCACUGCACUUCCUGUCUCAGCUGAACACGCCUCCUCUGCACUUCCUGUCUCAGCUGCACUUCCUGUUUUAGCUGAACGUGCCUCCACUGCGCUUCCUGUUUCAGCUGCACUUCCUGUCUGCAUCUCAGCUGCACUUCCUGUCUCGGAUAAACGCGCCUCCACUGCACUUCCUGUCUCAGCUGCACUUCCUGUCUCAGAUGAACGUGCCUCCACUGUGCCUCCUGUCUCAGCUGCACUUCCUGUCUCGGAUAAACGCGCCUCCACUGCACUUCCUGUCUCAGCUGCACUUCCUGUCUCAGAUGAACGUGCCUCCACUGCGCUUCCUGUCUCAGCUGCACUUCCUGUCUCAGAUGAACGUGCCUCCACUGUGCCUCCUGUCUCAGCUGCACUUCCUGUCUCAGAUGAACGCGCCUCUACUGCACUUCCGGAUUUAGCUGAACGCUUCUCCACUGAACUUCCUGUCUCAGAUAACCACCUCUUUACUGCACUUCCUGUCUCAGCUGAGAGCGCCUUCACUGCACUUCCUAUCUCUGCUGCAUUUCCUGUCUCAAAUGAAUGCACCUCCAUUGCACUUCCUGUCUCAGAUAAACGCCUCUUUACUGCACUUCCUCUCUCAGCUCCUCUUCCUGUCUCAGAUAAACACCUCUUUACUGCACUUCCUGUCUCAGCUGAAAGCUCCUUCACUGCACUUCCUGUCUCAGAUGCUCCCAGAACACCUCUGCAUCCAGCUCUGGCGGCUCAGAAAGCUGAGAGCUCCCGGUGUCCUCCGUGUGCGAGUGUCCUGGAUGAGUCCAGUCUCUCCAUGGGGUUGCAGAGCACAGUGAAGUAUUCAGUGAAGAGCACGCCGUCUCAGCCAGCGGGAGUGGACAGAACCGCUCAGAGUUGGUCUCGCGCCGGCGACUCGGCGUCCUCUGACCACAGCCGCCUCCUUCCACACGAUCACACCGGAAGCUCUUCGGCAGGGACACACACACACAACCCUGAGCCGCAGAAGAAGAAGUGUGCUGUGAUGUGAUCUGUAAUCAUAAUGUGCGUCAAGUCAAGUUGCAUUAGCAACUAAUAUUUGUGUUAUUAAAACAUUAUCAGUCGAGUUUAAAACUUUAAGUUAUUCAAAUGUUUAAGGAUAUCAGGACUUGUGAGUUUUUUUGCAUCGCGACAAUACUAAGUUUAUUGACAUCUUAAAUAUUAACCUGUACACUCACUCACAGAUGUAAUGUUUGUACUUGUUUUGUUUAUAAAAUCAGUUCCUGUGUUAUCUAGCAUCAUUUAGUCUCACAUAAUCAACAUUUGGCACAGAAUGAGUCUAUGAACAUUUGUUUUCAACAGGUGCUGCUUUCCUGCUUCUGAUCAAUGUCUGAUUUAUGUGUGAAAUCUGAUGCAGCACUAUUAUGCUGUUCUGUGAUAAGAGUGGACUUUAAGAGGAAUAAAAUACACCGAUAAAACAGUC